CAUUCCUGCAUUCCCUCUUUCCUCAGUCCCCAGGACGUCGGAGUAAUAGGGACCACUAGAUAGCUAAUCCUCUUCCCCACUUUUCUUUUUGGUAAAACUCACCCAUGACACGGUGGAUUUGAAUUCAGGAGGUGAUCCCGGGUUCACCAGGAUUCACAGUCUCUGUUCGGGUCACUUCCCUCCUUCCCUUCCCCUGCUCCCCUUGCACCCGUCACAGCCUAGGUUGUCAUGGAGAACUCCUCAGUGGCGUCAGCAUCAUCGGAGGCUGGGAGCACACGCUCACAGGAGAUAGAGGAGCUGGAGCGAUUCAUCGACAGCUAUGUGCUGGAGUACCAGGUGCAGGGGCUUCUGGGAGACAAGGCAGAUGGAGACUUGGACCUAGACAAUGGUGGCAAGGUGCCACAGUGGACAGAUGACUGUAACAACAAGAAAGAUGGCAGCUGGACGUCUUCACGGGGAAGAGGCUCAACCAAGCCAGAUGAGUGGGAUCACAGCAGUAACGGCAGUACAGGUUCCAGGCCCAGUUCAGGUUCUAGACCAGGAUCUGGCUCGCGCUCCGGCAGCAGAGGCAGAAACAACCAGUUCACAGGCCCUGCCAAGAACGGGAACAGAGAAGGCUCCUUCGACAUCCUGGGGACAGACAUAUGGGCUGCCAACACAAUGGACUCACGCGGAGGUGCAGGCUGGGACGUGCAACCAGAGAAGCUGGACUUCAGUCAUUUCCACAGGAAACACUUAAGAGGAACGCCAAAGCACUUGCCACACAUCGACAGAGAGGGGAUGAAUAAAAACAAGUUUGAAGAAGACGACGGCAUAGACAUGAAUGACAUCGAGAGGUUCCUGCCCCAUCUGCGCUCUGUCUUCCCUCCCCUUCCUAAUGAGGCUGAGAUCGCAAACACCAAAAAGCUCUUCCGACGCAGGAGGAAUGACCGACGAACGCUUGAUCAGUUCACCCGAGACCAGUUAACCAUACUCCUGCCUAACAGCCCUGGGGGAAAGCGGCAAGUCUCAGCCAGGAGACAGCAGCGGCCUCAGGGAGGAGGAGGAGGAGGAGGAGGAGUAGUAGGAGGUGGCGGCGGAGGAAGCGGAGGCGGAGGAGUGAAGAACCAACCUCAGCUGAUACAACAACAGUCACCACAGCAUCAGAGGGAUCCAACCCAACAACAGUCUUUAAACCAACAGCAGCAGAACAUACCGGAACAGGGAGAUAACAGAAACAGUAGCGCAGGUCGGCCGCCGCGCCAGUACCAAGGGGGACAUGGGCAGCGCCAGGGAGCACCCCCGCACCACGGAUACAGCCAGAACCGGCGUUGGCACCCAAAUCAGAAAGGUCAGGGAUACGGACAGACGAACUUUACAGGGGAUAAAGGAGUACCCCCAAGAAUAACCAAAGACAAACAGACUGAGAAUGUAAAAGCAGGGGAGGAGCAGAUCAGCGCACCUCAAGACUACAGUUGUAAGAGUCCCACUGAAUCGCCCAGACCCGAGUCCACACCAAACACACACGCUUUCCCCCAACCAACAUUUAAAAAGGAAUCUCUCAACCCACCAGGAAGUAGAAAGGCAAGCGAGGGCCAGUCGGAACGGCCCAAAGUCGACUUGCUGCAGUCGUCAAAGGAGAGGCUGAGGAGGAGACUAAAGGACAAGGAAGAGUCUUGUGUGGAGGCGUCCGGCCCCGGCUCACAGAGCAUGGACCGGCUGGUGGAGCUUCUCAACAGCAUGAGGAGCAACAGCAGCGGUGUGGAGCAGCAGCUGGCCUCCUUCAUGGAGGAGGCACAGUGCUCGGCGCGGUCCGAGGAGACCCUGGCUCAGGUGGUCAGCACCAUCUACUGUAAAGCCGUGUCGGACAGGAGCUUCGCCGCCACAGCCGCCAAGCUCUGUGACAAGAUGGCGCUGUUCAUGGUGGAGGGGACCAAGUUCAGGUCUCUGCUGCUCAACAUGCUGCAGAGGGACUUUGCCCGUCGAGAGGAGCUCCAGCAGUCGGAUGUGGAGAGGUGGUUAGGUUUCAUCACCUUCUUGUGUGAGGUGUUUGGCACCAUGAGGAGCAGCUCUGCAGACCCAUUCAGGGUGCUGGUGUGUCCCAUCUACACCUGCCUACGAGAGCUACUGGAGUCCACUGAUGUAAAGGAAGAUGCUGUGCUGUGCUGUUCAAUGGAGUUGCAGAGCAUGGGGCGUCUCCUGGAGGAGCAGCUCCCUGAGAUGAUGACGGAGCUACUCGCCACCGUCAGGGACAAGAUGCUCAGCCCGGGCGAAUCGCCGCUGACCCGCUCCCUCCUCAUGGAGGUCAUCGAGCUGCAUGCGCACCGCUGGAACCCCCUGGAGGCUCUCACCACUCAAUACUACAACCGCACCAUCCAAAAGCUCACCACCACCACUGCCUAGGUGCCAGCUCCCACAGGUGGAGAGGAGACAAGCCCCCCUCGGUCGCCCCGCAGAAACAUUUUUCAAGUUGAGCAUCAAUGUUCUCUUCUACGUUUACCAAAACAUAGGAAUUUAACAACACUAUCUUCCCUAAAAUGAAUACAUGCUUUACGUUUGUAUUGUACAUUUCACUAAUUUCUCCAAGAUGGGUGACCACUGCCGCAAAAAAAAAAACUGACUUUCCACUAAACAGGACCCCUGAGCCACCAAGGCAACACUACAUGUGGGGUUCAAACAAUGAAAAGCGUAUUUGACACACAACAGCAGCGUAUAUGUGGCCAGUAGGGGCAUGCUUGGCCACACAGGGCUGGCUGCCAAGGGAUAACGAAGGGGGAGACAACAAAGGGGUCACACAGGGGAGAGGAGGAGAAGGCAGCAGCAGCAUGCCUGUAGGGAAUAGAGAGAUUCGUACCCAAAGAUGAAUGGAGGAGGGAGGAGGGGUAGGUCAGGUUAGUCCGUGUCAGUCUCUUCAUUGUGCUCAUUUGCCCACCACCCUCCCCUUCUCUCUGUCUCCUUCUCCUCCCCCCUCCCCUGUCUCUUCCUCAGCCCCUGGGGUCUGUGUGGCUGAUAAAAGAGAGAGAGGAGGAGUAGGCGGCAGGGUGCAGACACAGUGCUGUCUGUCUGGGCCGUCUGCCCCGCCGGGCCAGGGACCAGGUCAAAGGGCCUCGCUGUGGAGCUCCCCAGCUCCCACAGCUCCUCCCUGCCUUUGUCUCCCCAGCUCCACACUCCCCAGCAGGAAGCCUUUUUGUGGGGAUGAGACAGCGGGCCUGCUGGGCCUGGCUGGGCGGAGGAUAAGGAUCAGGCUGGCUGGAGCUGGGUGGCAGAUGGCUGCUUGAGCCCAUGUGAGACGACACACCCCUCUGGCACCCUGCUCCCCGAGCUCGGCCCGGUGUCGCCAAUAGAAGAAGUAGGAAUAUUGAGGGGGGGGGAGUGGGCGAGCAUUAGAAAAGCAUUAAAACAAAACAAAACACUGCUGUCUGAUAUUUCCUUUGUUUUGUCCUACAGAGGGUCUCUCCUGUAAGACGUGCAUGUACGUGCUUUGUUAACCACAUCUUUGAUAUUGUUAUUAUAUUAUUUUUUUAAUCAUUUAGUGUUUUUAUUGUCCAUUUUGAAGUCUUGUUUUUAUGAUGAAAUGUAUGUAUGAGGUGUUAGCGAUAGGCCUUAUUGCACAGAUUUGAUUUGUUUGCACUGUUUUGCUUUUAAAUUCUAAAAAAAGGCAGAAGUUUGAAUUGGAAUCAGUGCUUGUGGAUUAAUAUUGAAAAUCUCAGUAGUGAGACGAAUGGGUUGAGCAUAGUGAGGGAUGUUAGGAUGUUUUAAUGGAAUAGUGGCCUUGUCAUCUAUCCAUCUUUUAUAGGAGCUCUCGUGUUCGGCAGAGGGCAUGCUGAGGAAAAAUAUGUUGGACUUAUUCAAACCGUAAUGUUGCUGAAGAGAAAAUACUUUGAAGAGGAAAAAAAUGUUGUCAAAACACAAAAAAAGAGCAUGGCAUAAAGAGAAGUAGAAGUGAAAUGCUUCUUUAAAAAAGAUUCUCCUACUCAAGCCAUUCUUUGCAGUGGACAUUUUGCAAGUGUUUAAUAUUGACUGUAUUUGCUUUGAUUUUGGGGAAAAUGACUAUUAAUGUGUAUUUGAAGAGGACAAUGAGGAAAAGAAGAAAUCUUGUUGUAUGACCUCAUUAGCUAGUCAUAUGUGACCCUUAUUCCAGCUAUCGUGUGAACUAUGAUAUCGACGUACCAAGCCAAUCAUGUACCAUUUGUAAAUGGGCUUUAUCUAUAAUCUGCUUACAGUAUAUUUACAAGUAUUUAAAACCAUUGGGAUAGAGGUGCAACAGAGAUGUUACACACAGGAAGAUUGUGGUUUUGUGGCUGAAGUUCGGCCUUUCCAUGCGUUUCUAUCAGGAAAUCGGUCUUUGAUUUGGGAGUAUUCACACACGCACACAUACAUACUUAGUUUCCCAUUGAAUCCCUGUGGGCAGUUUUAAGUGUUUUUAUAUAAUUUUCUCUGUCUUGCAUCAAGAAUUAAGAUCCUGUGUGGUAGGAACACAACCCAGAAGAUUAGCUAGAGGAGAAAGGUGAAUAAUGCUCACAAAUGUGUUGUUGAGGUGCAGCCUAAUCAUCUGUAAGUGUGUCUUGCUUAAGGAGUUAUUGUUUUUAUUUUCUUGUCUUUAUUUUGUUUCUAGGUUUCUAUUUAAAUUAUAUUUAGCUCAUUUAUAUAUAUUUCCCAUCUGGUGGGUUUUUCAAGACAUGAAACCAUUGUGAUACCUAGCUUGCUGUGUAAGUGUGGUAUUACCGUGUUUGAGUAAAUGAAAUAAAGACCCACCAGUGAGUUUUCAUUAUGCAAAGAACGACUGGCUCUCACUGCAGAUGGGGGCAGGUGGGGAUCGCCCCCCAUCGUCUGUGGCUCUGGAGCCCCCCCACCCCGCGUGCCCUUAGACCCCUCUGCUCGGGUCACAUGACUUACUCGACAACUGAAUGAGACUCCCCUUCAUUUGCAUAUUCUCAUGAGUAUUGAUAAAAUCCUGUAGAUUGGCAAUAGUGUGUCAUCUCGUGAGCUCUUGUUUGUUUUGUUUUUCUAAGCAACUGAAAAAAUAAACUAACAGGAAAAGAUGUGAAGAAUCAAA